AUAGAGGGCUCCAACAGCAGUUCCCAGCCAGUGUGUUCAGCCUGCCUGCCUGCCUCUGUGUGUGUGUGUGUGCGCGCGUGUGUGUGAGCGUGUGCGUGCGUCUACUUUGUACCGCGAAGAACACAGCCCAUGUGCUCUGCAUGGACGUUCCUGAUACUCUGUUUAGCUUGAUUUUCGACAAGCAGGCAAGAUGUCCAGCACACCACAUGACCCCUUCUAUUCUUCUCCUUUCGGUCCAUUUUAUAGGAGACAUACACCCUACAUGGUACAACCAGAGUACCGAAUCUAUGAGAUGAACAAGAGACUGCAGUCGCGCACAGAGGACAGCGACAACCUCUGGUGGGACGCAUUUGCCACUGAGUUUUUUGAAGAUGACGCCACAUUAACCCUUUCGUUUUGUUUGGAAGAUGGACCAAAGCGAUACACCAUCGGCAGGACCCUCAUCCCCCGUUACUUUAGCACUGUGUUUGAAGGAGGGGUGACUGACCUGUAUUACAUUCUCAAACACUCGAAAGAGUCCUACCACAACUCAUCCAUCACGGUGGACUGCGACCAGUGCGCCAUGGUCACCCAACACGGGAAGCCCAUGUUCACCAAGGUGUGUACAGAAGGCAGGCUGAUCUUGGAGUUCACCUUUGAUGAUCUCAUGAGAAUAAAAACCUGGCACUUUACCAUUAGACAAUACAGAGAGUUAGUCCCAAGAAGCAUUCUAGCCAUGCAUGCACAAGAUCCUCAGGUCCUGGAUCAGCUUUCCAAAAACAUCACCAGGAUGGGGCUAACAAAUUUCACCCUCAACUACCUCAGGUUGUGUGUAAUCCUGGAGCCAAUGCAGGAACUGAUGUCCAGACAUAAAACUUACAACCUCAGUCCCCGAGACUGCCUGAAGACCUGCUUGUUUCAGAAGUGGCAGCGGAUGGUGGCACCGCCAGCAGAACCCACAAGGCAACCGACAACUAAACGGAGGAAAAGGAAAAACUCCACCAGCAGCACUUCCAACAGCAGCGCUGGGGCCAAUGCCAACAGCACGGGCAGCAAGAAGAAGACGCCGGCCGCCAACCUGAGUCUGUCCAGUCAGGUACCUGAUGUGAUGGUGGUAGGAGAGCCAACUCUGAUGGGAGGUGAGUUUGGGGACGAGGACGAAAGGCUAAUCACUAGAUUAGAAAACACGCAAUAUGAUGCGGCCAACGGCAUGGACGACGAGGAAGACUUCACCAAUUCACCCGCCCUGGGGAACAGCAGCCCAUGGAACAGUAAACCUCCCGCCACUCAAGAGACCAAAUCAGAAAACCCCCCGCCCCAGGCCUCCCAGUAAGAUUGACCGGCACCAGAAUCCACUGUCAAUAGCCCCGUGGGUUACACUCUCUAUUUCAGAACCUUACUUACAGGAGAGGAAGGAGGAGAAAUUAAAACUUUUCCACGCAAAUACCGAUUUCUAAACCACAAUGAUCUGAGCUUCUUUCUUUCUUCCUUUCUUUUUUUUAACUGAGAGGAUCAUUCCAAAUAAACUUCCAUGACCCUUUCCUGGAGGCCUUCACAGGUAACACAGAUACUGGCACUGAUCGUAAUUAAAACAAGAGCAAACGCUAGCGCUUCUCCUGGCUCAAUUUUAACCACGUUUGUUAAUUUCCUUUUCCUGCAUCCAACGAAGGCCAUAUUGUCCAUAAGCCCUCAGUGCUCAGGAUCUCAUUAUAUGCCGAACCCAACUACCGAUGACUUUUUAAUAUUGUAAAAUAUUUUCUGCUUUUUGACUUGCAUCUGAGAGUUUCUUGUUUCAGUAAAAAAAGAAAAGGAAAAAAAAUCCGUUUUGGAAAGUAAUUUAAAUGUACCUUUAUUUGUUUUUUUCCUUCACCUUUUCUUUCAUUGGGUAACAGCUAAGAGGGCCCAGCAGGGUAAUUUGUGGCCGAGCUGAUGUCAAUUGGUCCUUGAGCCCGAAUUGUUUCAGUCGAGCCCGAGUGCUGAAACAAGAAAUGUCUUUUUGUUAUCAGAAACACCAAGGCAGGUUUUUAUGUAAAGAGAGACACUUGGCCCCUUGAGAAUGUAUGAGUUUGUAAAAUUGCUGUUAAUCCAAAUAUUUCUAAGCCAUGUAAUCCAUUAUUUUUGUGGGCAGUUUAAUAAAUCUGAAACUCUUUUGUGUGUGUGUGUUUUUUUUAUUGUAUCUGAGUUGACUGUUUCUUUUCAUGGUAUAUUUCCUGUAUAAUAUUUUGUAAAGCCCUCACCUGGUUCUUUUAUGGGACUUUUCUUUGGGGGCAAUUCCAGUGUAUUUAUGUGAAACUUUAUGAAAGAACUAAUUUUUUCCAUUUGCAUAUUAAUAUGUUCCUCCACACAUGUAAAGACACAGUGGCUCCGUGUGUUAUAAAGCAGCUGUAUUUUAUGUAUGCUUCACUGAUAAGUGUGCCAAUAAUAAACCGUGUUAACAACCAAA